GUCGUACACACAGUGAACGUUCAUGAAAUGAAUCCUUGUGUUUUAUCAAAAGGCGUAAGCAGCGAUUUCUUCACAUCCCGAAAUGUGGUUAGUUUCAGCCAAAACAAGAUCUCCUGAAGUCCAAGAUGACUGAUAGGGGUUCGAGGCGGUCCAGGACUCUGUCUGAUUGUCAGAAUGCUGAAAGAGAGACGAAGAAAUUGUCGUCUCGGAGCCAGUCUGCUGACUACUGGGCCGGGGAGAGUGACCGCGACGCGCCGCCAUCGCCCCACGGUGGAGGGGCAAUGCAGAUCCAAACACCGGCUGGAUUUCGCCAUCUUGGAGGCAUCACAAAUGAAACAGUUUCUACCAUCCAAGCAGCCGAAAGGGAACUUUUUACUGACCUAUCGCGUGCUCAAGCUUUUGACGACACAGAUGCAGCCUUCGCAAUCUUUGAAGGACGACAAAAUAAUGGGAAGGUUCGGAUAAAUGUUGCGCAGGAAAGAGAAAUUCUUGGUGGAGCGUACACAUUGCGUACAGUAGAAAUUAAUAAAAUUCCUGGUCAAACUCUGGGAUUUUAUAUUCGAGAGGGAGAUGGAAUUGAGAGAAGGGAAGGCAUUCACGUGUCUCGUCUGAUGCUUGGGGGAAUGGUAGAAGAAUCCGGGCUUAUACGGAUUGGUGAUGAAUUAUUAUAUGUAAAUAAUGUUGACGUCACUAAGAAAAACCUUGAUGAAGUUUACAUGAUUCUUCAGAUUCCAAUAAGGUUAUUGAUAACACUUAAAUCUCGCCAGAUCGGGAAGGGUGCAUACCGCUCAAGUUGGGGCUCCUUCACAUCGGAUAACAUAAGUCCAGGACGAUUCUCACCAGCAGCACUUGGUUUAGACUCCAAAAGGCGAUCAAUCUCAGUCGGUACGAACAGUUCACUCGGUUCAACAUCGGAUAGAAGCCCCGGCUCAUUUACUACUAACGGCAGUCACUCAAGUAUGAUGUUACAGUUUGAGGAUAAAGAGAAUCGUCAUCUCAUGAAAAGUUACAAUCAAAGAUCGUUGGACUGUAAAGGGAGUAGGGGUCCACAUUACCCAGGUACAGAUCUCCAGGAAGAGUCCGAUCAGCAAGUGCAAUCCGCUCUUGGGCCAGAGAUGGUCAGCAGUAGCAGCAGCAACAGCAGUGCAAUCGGGGGUCCUGCCUCCCCCCUGCAGGUCCCCUCCAGAGACUUCAAGAUGAGGCACCUGAGUGCGAGUGACGCACCGAUCGAAUCAGACACCCCAAAGCCGGAGAUAUUCCACCGCGCUUCUUCAUUCGAUCCAAGCACAAUGACGAUCGAGGAGGAUAAUGAUUACAUGGUCUUCGUCGACGACGAAGACUAUGACGAUCUUAGAGAGGUCCCUGGAACCGAUACGGACUCUUUUAAUAAUCUCCACGGAUUACGGAGCAGCGCUCCGUCCUAUUCUAAGCACAAGCAGAGACCUUACUCUGCUUUUAUCACAUCCGAUCGUAAGGGAUAUAGUCAAGAUGCGGACGGCAUUGGAGAUGAUUCAAAGAUGCAGGAUAAGAAGCAGUCUACAGGGAAACUGAGGCGGGCAUCUUCAUCCGAUGAUGUCAUCGCAGCAUUGGGGACAAAUGUAAAACCACGGGAAAAUGUGAAUAGACCGCAUUCGAGCUCUGAUUCUAGGACGGGGAGACCGCGCUCCGCCAUACUUGAGUUCCUUCCGAAUGCAAUGAGGCGCUCCGGAGAAGGAAAAACACGACAGCGCAAACCGGGCCAGAGUGAGAAAUCAUCCAAGUAUGACAUGUCAAAGCAGCAACAGCUGUCAAUGUUGAUGCGCAACAUGGCACAGUCGGGGAAGAUGAGCACCGGGAGUUUCUCUGGUAAGAAGACGGAAAAAGCUAGCGCAGAGGUUGCCGUUGCGGGCAGCGGCUCGUCCAAGUACGUCCCGAAACCGUCACCGGAUAAGAAAACCCGACGGAUCUCUGCGAGUAAGCCAUUAGACAUUGACGUGACGCAGUUCACCAAGUACAAGAGUGACCUGGGAUCACGUCUGCGCAACAGACAAAUGCCCUUGUCUGGGAUCCUAACAUUACAUUUGUAUGGCAGUCGGAAAAUGUCUCCCUCGUUGUCGUCAAAGAAAGAGACGCGUGAUUUAUAUUGCGUGAUGGAGGUGGAUGCUGUACACAAAGCGCAGACGGCGACGGUUUCUGGCAAAGAUGAAUACGGCUGGGAUGAAAAGUUUGAAAUUGACCUGGAGAGGGCGCAUGACUUGAGUUUACUCAUCUAUAGCUACACCGACUGGGACACUAACCGACAAAAGCUAUGCUACAAGGCCGUAGUUCGGCUCAAUCAACUUCUUAUGCAUUCCACUCGCCCGAAAGAUGAAGCGUUCCGCUUAGCUAUGCGGCUAGAGCCCCGCGGAAUCAUGUAUGCAAAAUUCUCCUUCACAGAGCGGCACGUGACGCUGAAGCGCGUCCCGUCGUUGGACCGGCGCGGGCUGUUCGGUGUGCCGCUAGAGGUAGUGGUGCGGCGGGAGAACUCCCGUACAAACAUUCCAGUGAUCGUACACAAAUGCAUUGAGGAGAUUGAGCUGCGUGGGAUAAACAUGGUGGGCGUCUAUCGUGUCUGCGGGUCAGCCAAGCGCAAGAAGAAACUUCAUGAUGAGUUUGAGAUGUCAAGUAGUUUGGUGGAUCUGUCCAGAGAGUAUUAUCCUGAUCUUAAUGUUAUAACAGGCGUAUUAAAGGAUUAUUUACGGGAGCUUCCAGAGCCGUUGUUUACCACUAAGAUGUGUCAACGCUUCAUGGAUACAUUCGGCAAUCCACCUGAAGAUCCUGGCCGUAGCGGGGAACAGCUCGUCCAAAUGAUCGAGUCACUCUCUCCACCAAACAGGGUUACUGGCGAGUACAUCCUAGAUCAUCUAAAACUCAUCAUGGUUCACUCUGAGACAAACAAGAUGAAUGCGUACAACAUCGCCGUCUGCUUCGGCCCCGUCCUGAUGAGCGCAGCUUCCUCCGGACACCCUAGCAACUGCCGAGAGGUUGCCACGGGAAAGGACGCUGAUUAUGAGAAGCAUAUUGAGGUCCUGCAGCAUAUGAUGGAGGUGUGGCCGGGAAAACGAGAUGACUUUGCAGAGAUACAGCGCCGCAUCAAAGAGCAACAGGAGCUGCUUGAAGUCGAAGAGAGGCAAGAAGAUAUUGUUGAAGAGAACAACGGCCCGUUGGACGCCCAAGAGGAGGACAGCUGUUACCAUAGCAACGACGACCUGGACGAGACGUUACAGGCGAAGGACAAAGAAGAGGAAGAGGUGAAGGAGAAACCGGAGGAGCAGCCUGAGGUGGAUUGGGAUUCGGACAACCUACAAGUGUCUCCGUGUUGAGGGAUUGCUUUGUUUUUUCGGUCCUUGGAUGGGGUUUGACCCUAUCUCUUGUCGUAGAAAAAUUUAAUGACGUUUUGUUUUUAUCGGUUAUUUUGUUGUCAUUUUGACUACAGUUGGAAUAGUCAGAGGUGAGACCUCAUGUCAUGUUUUAUUUUUGAUUUUUUGUUUGUUUUGAUUCUUUCCCCAGUUGGAAUGUUUUUGAAUUGCAAUUGAUUUGAGUUUGGGGUACGAGGGAUUACGUCCCUGGUGCCCCCCGUGAUGAUUCUAUGAUGUGGGUUGUUUGCCUGGUACUCUGCAGUUGCUGUAAAUACAAUGUAGUCCGACACUGUCUUCAGUUACUGAACUGUGUUUUAUAAAAGUUGUUUUAGUGUGGGGUUUGGAGUGUACAUGUAGAAACUAUAGAAAAAAAAUUAAAAAUUAAUGUUACAAAUGUGAAUGACUUUACUGAUUAAGACUAUGAUGACAUGUGUAUGUGUUUUAGACGUAUAAAUCUACAUGAUUUAGGUUUAACAAAAUAAUAUUUGAAAAUCUAAAUUUGGUUUUGAGUUUUAAGUCUAUCUGGAACUACUCUUUUUGUCUUUUUUCCACCUUCUUUUUCCUUUUAACACUGUGGUGACCAUCACCUACUCCAUGGCUGGUCAUGACCGAGCGGUCUUGUUGCCGGACGCUAGGCAGAAGUUAUAAAACUUCUUCACAGAGUAAAUGUACAUUAAACAUAGACUGAGCAAAUCUGGAAGUGCAACACAACCGAAACACAAAUUCUCUCUCUUCAAAUUCCAUUCUCCUGAAGACGAGCAGAGUAUACUGUUGGAGACAUUGAGACCACACCGGCUCUUCUCAGAGCCAACACUCCCACAAAAGAGAAUUACACAUGGUUGUACCUGCAAGUUUAUUGUUUAAUAAUGGUUUCGUCCUACAAAUUCUCACCAUCAUCCCUCGACUAAAAGCUGUGCUUGGGUUGGAUACAUUGUAACUUAUAUUGCAGCGGGGUAUUUUGAGCAAAAAGCUUGCUCUAAAAAAUUGAGAUGAAACAACUACUUAAAUGAUCCACCUUUAUACUGGUGAUAAAGAACCCCUAAAUGAUUUCUUAAUUUUCUAACUUAUUUCUGCCACAGGUACAUUUACUGAGAAGUGAACUGAAAUUACUAAGCAAAAUAUGAGCCAAAAGAUAUAUAUAUAUAUAUAUAUACACUUAUUGUAAGAGAAAUACAUUAACUGAAUAGAUUUAAAGGAAUAGGAUAAAACAAAAAAUAUGUAUAGAACUUUAUACCUGGCGUAAUUUUUAAAUUAACUUGCAUGAAAUCUAUUUUAAGUGUAUUCAAAAUAUGAAGACGUUCUAGUAUCUGUUAUCCUAGGUACACGCACAAUGUACAUGUCUUUUAACUUUGUUGAAUGAUGUUGUUGUCAUAACUUAACUCGUAUCUGUGAAGGUUUGCGCCAACAAAAAAAACCAAACAUACUACAGAAGAGUAUGUCUGAAAUGUGGUUAAAAUUUGUACUUAAUUCAUAAAUUAUUGAAGCUUAGCUUCGCAUAUGCUAUUAAUGUGAACUCAGACUUGGUGACUGUCACCAUGGCAAUAGUUAUACACACUGAGAAAACUACAGUUUUCUUAUUUCUAAAUUUGGGCUGAUUGCUUCUUAAAGAAUAAUAACAGGUCUGUCACUAGGGCAAAUAAACUGCGUUAUACGUAGUACCAACUUUGAAGGGAAAGUAUACCUUUGGUCUUUGGAACCGUUCGAUGGUUUGAAUCGUAUUUAUAAAAGCAGAUUCAUAAAACUAACCAGUGAAAAAUUUCGUUUCAAAAGGUGGUUGGGUUUGUGAGAUAUCGCUUAAAAUCCAGAGCGAUUUUGUCAUUGGAAUCUGAGAAACAUAUCUGACAGAAAUAAUUUUCUGAUUCAAUUUCUUUUUGUGAUAAAAUUGAUAUAUUUACCAUAAAACCACAUUACUUCAAAAUGAAAUGAUUCUCAAAAUGCUUUUUACUAUCGCGCGUCCUGUUCGUCUAGCCAAGUGAGUUUUUAUUUACCAUUAAUAUAAGGAGUGAUUA